GAUGCUUGGCCAUGAUGCUGUAAAGAUAUUGCUAAGAUGAUAGAUUUGGAGCUGUUCAAGCCUAACUUCUAUAAAAACGGAGACAGACUGACAGCUGUUGAAGAAUAUUCCUGCCAAGAUAUCGGUUUUUAUGUUCAUCUAAACAGGCUAAAGUUUCACACUAAAUAACGCGACGAAGCAGCUAUUCUGAUAUGGCCAAAGGAGAAGGAGGGGAACAAUACUCCAACGCCAGUUUAUUGACCAAACCUGGCAACUCCGAUGGCAUUUCUCUUUCUAGAAAGCACGAGCAGAGGAACAGACUGUCUGUUUGCAACAAGCUAUGCUACGCCAUUGGUGGAGCGCCCUACCAGAUCACAGGAUGUGCCUUAGGCUUCUUUUUGCAACUCUAUCUGCUGGACGUAGCACAGCUGGAUCCAUUCUACGCCUCAAUCAUAUUGUUCGUGGGCCGAGCAUGGGAUGCGAUAACGGAUCCCACAGUGGGCUUCCUGGUCUCCCGGAGUCCCUGGACGCGUAUUGGACGCAUGAUGCCUUGGAUCUUGCUCUCGACUCCUCUGGCUGUGCUCUCCUACUUCCUAAUUUGGUACGUGCCCCCCUUUGAGGACGGCAAAGUCAUCUGGUACCUUUUCUUCUACUGUCUGUUCCAGAGCCUGCAAACCUGUUUUCAUGUGCCGUAUUCCGCCCUCACCAUGUUCAUCAGCUCGGAGCAGAAAGAAAGGGACUCCGCUACAGCUUACAGGAUGACUGUGGAGGUUCUGGGCACUGUCGUCGGUACAGCCAUCCAGGGUCAGAUUGUCGGCAUGGCUAAUGCACCGUGCGUCCCGGGCCCUGGUGAAAUUUUGGCCAAUUUAAGCAACUCCACCGCGGGCCUAAAUGCGACAGACCACGUCAUUUCGCUGGAGCAUACAAGAGCUGCCUACAUGAUCGCCUCUGGUGUCAUCUGCACAAUCUAUGUCCUCUGCGCCAUUGUUCUGUUUUUUGGUGUGAGGGAGCAAAAAGAGUCCAGCCGUCCCAAAUCGGAGCCGUUGUCAUUCUUGCAGGGCAUCAAGCUGGUGAUGGGACAUGGGCCUUAUGCCAAACUGGUCAUGGUCUUCCUCUUCACUUCAUUAGCAUUCAUGCUCCUGGAAGGCAACUUUGCUCUGUUCUGCAGCUACACCCUGGGAUUCCGAAAUGACUUCCAGAAUAUUCUGUUGGUGAUCAUGCUUUCAGCCACUCUCACCAUCCCCUUCUGGCAGUGGUUCCUUACCAAAUUUGGGAAGAAGACUGCAGUCUAUGUCGGCACUUUGUCUGUAGUUCCCUUCAUGAUCCUGGUAGUGUGCGUGAAGAGCAACCUCAUUGUCACCUACGUUGUCUCCUUUGCUGCCGGGGUGAGCGUAGCAGCCGCCUUCCUGCUGCCUUGGUCAAUGCUACCCGACGUUGUUGACGACUUCCAGGUGCAAAACCCUGAAGCCACUGGCCAUGAGGCUCUCUUCUACUCAUUUUACGUCUUCUUCACCAAGUUCGCCUCUGGUGUCUCACUUGGGAUCUCUACUCUUAGUUUAGAUUUUGCCGGCUACAUCUCUCGAGGGUGCUCCCAACCGUCUGAAGUGGACAUCACGCUGAAGGUGCUGGUCUCUGCUGCCCCUAUCCUCCUGAUCAUGAUUGGUCUGAUCAUCCUUUACACUUACCCUAUCGAUGAGGAGAGGAGGCAAGGCAACAGGAAACUCCUACAGGAGCAAAGGGAAGAGGCGGAAUCCGAAACGGACUCAACCGAACUCGCCAACAUGAUCUAGCGUGUUUUUUUUACCUACCCACCAAUCAAGAUGAGAGCCUGGCAUUUUGCACUUGGCGGGACCAAUCGACUUUGGCCCGUUUUACCUGACACACUGCCUUGUCCAGGCAACGCUCUUGCUGCUGCUGCUGCUAUUUCCCUUCAAGAGGCUACGAAACAUGCCCAUGCAACCUGUUAUUUACACGCCGGUUUCCUUGGUCGGUCAGACCUUUUUGUAUUGCUAAAAUCUACUUUUGUGACUUUGCUCCUUGAUUGAGAGUGCACAAAAAGCCUGUUGAAUCUUUUUUUUUUUUUUUUUUCUAUUUCUUCUUUUUUUGUUUUAAUUCCAAUGACUUCUAGCACUACGCUACCAACCUGAAACUUGAACGAACAGCGUCUGUGCCUUAGCUCAGUUCAGUAGCUAAAAAAAAAAAAAAAAGACCAACUGACACUUCAUUUCAAGGAUUAUGUCCUUGAGUCACUGGCCGGUAUACGUUUUAUUUGUCCUGACGGCCUGAUUGUUCUCAACUCAAUCCAUAGGCAAACCAUUAACUUUUUAAGGGCUUGUUUUUGUUCCGUGCCAUUAAAAUAACCACUACAACACAACUGCUACUAUUUACUGAGUGAAAGGCAUAUAAUUAUUUCCCAUGACUGAACGCUGAGCUAAAAGGCGAUGACAGCCAGUACCCAAAUGUGAUCGAGUUAUUUAAAUAUUUAUUAGUUUUUGAUUUUACAGUUCGGACAACUGAUGAGUCUUGCAGUAUUUAAAAACUACUUAAGGCUGCAAUUGAUAUAAAGUUAAAUCUACGUUCUCCUGCUAUGUUAAUACGUCGCUUGCACGUCUGUCUUGAGCGGUAAAGAAAGAAUGCAUGCAAUUGUGGAAAAAAUUACGAUGGGAAUGUGAGUUUUAUAUGUACAUACGCGUAUGUUUUGCAGUAUAUACUGCUGUUUUGUGAUCUUCAUUCAUAUCCAUCGAUAUGGAAUAUGUACAUACAGCAUCCUAUGUUAUACAUAUAUCUAAAACAUGCUCCCGACAACAGGGGUGUCUAAGUGAAGUUUAUGAUGUUUUGUCCACUUAAGAAGAAAACAAUUGACAUGAGGAUCCUUACAUCAUUUGUAGAGGAUUCUGUACAUUGUGCCAUUUUGUCUCAGCGAAGUGUAACCUUUGUACAUCCUGUAAAUGUGUUUUGUUUUUUUGGAGAGGAACUGCAAUUGAACUUUUCUUCCUAUGUUCUCGUGAGGCUGUGAGCCAAAAGUGUGGACUUUUUUUUCCCUGAAACUGACACAUGCCUUGUGUACAUGCCUCCUGUGUGCAUAUGUAAAUAGUGUAUGUAAACUUGUAAAUACCUUUCAUAUUUGUGAUUGGAAGUGAGUUGGUGUACCUAUACUGUAGAUUAUUUAAGAAGAAAAAAAAAAUGAUUGAAAACAAUAAAAAGUAAUGGAAAAUUCAA